AUGGAUAUUAAGUAUAAUGAUCUUAUGGAAAGCUACAAGAAUUACAUCAACAUUUCAGAUGCAAUAUAUAAACUGGGAACAUUCAAUGAAAAUGAAAGAAACAAAGUUUACAAUGAAAGCGAAUUAAAUCAAAUAAUUGAUUCCAUUGGAAUUCCCCCAUCUCAGUUUUUCAAAAUGAUAGAAAACGCAAUGAAAUACAAUAAUCGAUAUUUCAGCUCAUACUUAUUAUUACUUCGAAAAUUAUCAAAAGUUUCUGAUCUUAAAAAAGAAGAUAUUCUUACAAAUUAUGAACAAGAAUAUGAUUUAUUGUUUGAUAAAUCAAAGAAUACAAUAUUGAAAGUAAUAAUGAACGAUGAUUUAUCAUCUUUUAUAUUUUGGGUAGAACACGACGAAUUUGAUGAAGCACAAAAAAUAAAUAGCAAUUUAUUAUUUCCAAGCCAGCAGUUGGAUCUAAUCCAAUUAUGUUGUUACUAUGGAUCAGUUGAUUGCUUUAAAUUAUUAUUGACAAAAUAUGAUACAUAUAUCUCUCAAGAUUGCCUUAGUUUUUCAUUUUUGGGAGGAAAUCCUGAUAUAAUGUAUCAAUGUUUGAAAGUACAAUAUCCUGAUGAAUAUUGCAUGAGAAAUGCUAUUGCAUCGCAUAACAUUGAUUUUAUUACUUUUUUAAUGAAUGAAUACAAACAAAGGAUCAAUUUAAUUACAUGCGCUGAGUUUAAUAAUCUUCAUGCAUUUUUUGUUUAUCUUGAUCAAAAUAAACAAAAUAAAGAAGACGUCGACACAUGUUUUGUCGCCUCUUCUCUUUUCAACAUUCCAUCUCUUUGUGAAUAUUUCCUCUCACAUCAUGCUAAUAUUAAUGCAACAUAUUAUGAUAACACAGCGAUAAAUUGGGCAGCACAAUAUGAAUGCAAUAAAACAGCAGAGUUUCUUAUUAGACGUGGAAUUGAUAUCAAAAAAACGGAUGUAAUCGGAUGCACACCUCUUCAUUGGGCAACUAUAAAGAAGAAUAUCGAAAUGAUGAAAAUCCUAAUAAAAAAUGGUGCAGAUAUUAAUGCAAAAAGUAAAUUCCAAAAGACUCCACAAGAAAUUGCCAAAGAGAAUAAUCUUGAUUUGGAGUCGAUCCGUAGAACAACUGGCGUGAAGCAUCAUUAA